UAGAAGGGCAUCGAACAGUGGAACAGCCGAUGGUGAAAUGACACGUUGACCUUCAAUGACUCCGUUUAGAGCUCGAUUUCCUGAUGUGGUCAUCGAGCCUGGAACGGGAAGAGGUCACAGUAUCGAUCCCCUCGGGCUGUGUAUAUAAAGUGCUGACUCCGCUCAUUCCUCAGUCUGCGGCUCUGCACAGAGACAAGCGGUCCUCUCCAGUCCAACAUGUCCCAGUCAGUCCUCGACACGAUGCCCGGAGCCUCGACGGGGACCGUGAGCGUUACAGACCACCUGAACUUCUGGGAUGGGAAACGCGUGAAACCCAGGCAGGAGAUCAACGCUGAGCCAGUGUUCGAACCUGCGACCGGCCGUGUCUUGUGUCAGAUGGUGCCCUGCGGGGCUGAGGAGGUGGACGAGGCCAUCAAGAGUGCGCACGCUGCCUAUCUGAAGUGGAGCAAGAUGGCAGGCAUGGAGAGGGCACGGGUGAUGCUUGAGGCCGCCCGUAUUAUCAGGGAAAGAAGAGAGAAGAUUGCAAAGCUGGAGGUGAUCAACAAUGGCAAGACCAUCACUGAAGCACUGGUGGAUAUUGAUAUUGCCUGGCAGUGCAUUGAAUACUAUGCUGGACUGGCUGGUACACUUGCAGGCCAGCAUAUCCAGCUUCCUGGGGGAGCCUUUGCUUACACCAGGAGGGAGCCCCUUGGCGUGUGCGUGGGAAUCGGUGCGUGGAACUACCCCUUCCAGAUCGCAUCAUGGAAGUCUGCUCCUGCUUUGGCAUGUGGUAAUGCUAUGGUAUUCAAGCCCUCUCCAAUGACUCCCGUGACGGCCGUCAUUCUGGCUGAGAUCUACAAAGAGGCAGGCGUACCUGAUGGGCUUUUCUGUGUGGUGCAAGGCGGAGCUGAGACCGGCACCUUGCUCUGCCACCACCCGAUGGUUGCCAAAGUCUCCUUCACUGGCAGUGUGCCAACAGGCAAAAAGGUCAUGGAAAUGUCUUCUAAGGGGGUGAAGCAGGUGACUCUGGAGCUUGGAGGGAAAUCUCCACUCAUUAUUUUCAAAGACUGUGAGCUGGAGAAUGCAGUGAAGGGAGCGCUCAUGGCAAACUUCCUCACACAGGGACAGGUUUGCUGCAAUGGAACCCGAGUGUAUGUACAGAGAGAGAUUAUGACCAAGUUCUUGGAGGAAGUGGUGAAAAGGACCAAGGCCAUCCGUCUGGGUGACCCUCUGCUGGAUGAAACUCGUAUGGGAGCCCUUAUCAGCAAGCCGCAGCUGGAGAAAGUGCUGGGAUUUGUUAGCGAGGCCAAGAAGCAGGGCGCCACAGUUCUUUGUGGAGGAGAACCUUUUGUCCCCAGUGACCCCAAACUAAAAGGAGGCUACUUCAUGUCACCCUGUGUUCUUGAUAACUGCAGAGAUGAUAUGACCUGUGUGAAGGAGGAGAUUUUUGGGCCCGUCAUGUCGGUCUUGCCUUUCGACACAGAGGAAGAAGUACUCAGGCGAGCCAACAACACCACCUUCGGAUUGGCCUCUGGAGUCUUCACCAGGGAUAUCUCUCGAGCCCAUCGUGUAGCUGCGAACCUGGAGGCAGGAACCUGUUUUAUCAACAACUACAACAUCAGCCCUGUGGAAGUGCCAUUUGGUGGAUACAAGAUGUCAGGCUUUGGCAGAGAGAAUGGCCAGGUGACGAUCGAGUACUACUCCCAGCUGAAGACCGUGGUGGUGGAAAUGGGUGACGUCGAGAGCCUCUUUUAAACUUUCCUCGCUGAUUUGUAGCUGCUUUGCUGGAACUGGGACUAACACUCCUCACUUCUCCCUUAAGUCAUGUACUAGGCACCAGAAAUGUACACUUCUUUUUUGAGGCAUGUUACUAUGAAACAAACAUCUACUUCUUCCCUGUUCACGGUCAGCUCUCAACUAUUACCCAACAACUAACACUGAUUUAGUUUUGACCAAAUAAACUGAGACAAUAUUGAAUUAAUGCACUAUUUUAAAAUGACAUACUGGUGUGUAUGUGGAAGAAGAACCAAGAGCCUUAAUGAGAAACUGAUUAGCAUUAGCAUCUAAUCAGCAUUAGAAGAAAAUAACUGCCAAUCACAGCAGGUGUCAGAUUUUCUACUGUUUGCUAAACUGCAACACUUUGACAGCUUUUGUAUCAAAAUAAAAUCUUUUGGGUAAAAA